GUAUAAUAUGCUAUAUUUAAAGCAGAUGUAUGCUUAGUAUUAUUUAUAUUUAUUACUCUAUCAUAACGUUGACUUUGUUUUGACAAACAAAAGGUGGAAGUGAUGGAUCCGCACAAGCAGAAUGCAAUGCAAUUGUCUUAUGUUCAAGGAUGUUUGUCUAGAUUUUACAGAACUUAUGGAAGAUGGGCUGCUAGAAAGCCCAGUAUUGUCCUUUGUUCCUCAUUAGCAAUUGUUCUUUUGCUUUGUUUGGGUUUGCUUCGUUUCAAGGUGGAAACACAACCUGAAAAGUUAUGGGUAGGUCCUGGAAGUAAGGCAGCAGAAGAGAAAGACUUUUUUGAUAGCCACCUGGCUCCAUUUUACAGAAUCGAACAGCUCAUAAUAGCCACAAUCCCUGAAUCUGUGCAUGGCAAGCCACCAAGUAUCAUAACAGAAGACAAUAUUCAACUGCUUUUCGAAAUACAGGAAAAGGUCGAUGGAAUUCGUGCAAAUUAUUCUGGUUCAUUCGUAUCUCUGAGCGACAUUUGCUUGAAGCCUUUAGGCGAUGACUGUGCCACCCAAAGCAUUUUGCAGUAUUUUCAAAUGGACCCUGACAAUUAUGACAACUUUGGAGGUGUCGAACACGCCGAGUAUUGCUUUCAGCAUUACACUUCUACAGAAACAUGCUUUAGUGCAUUUAAGGCUCCCCUUGAACCAACUACUGCCCUGGGAGGGUUUUCCGGGAACAAUUAUUCUGAGGCCUCAGCAUUUAUUAUCACGUACCCUGUCAAUAAUGCAAUCGCAAAAUUUGGAGAUGAGAACGGGAAGGCAACUGCUUGGGAAAAAGCUUUCAUCCAGUUAGCUAAGGAGGAAUUGCUCCCAAUGGUGCAAUCUAGCAAUCUUACUUUGUCUUUCUCUUCGGAAAGUUCAAUUGAGGAAGAAUUAAAGAGAGAAAGCACUGCUGAUGUCAUUACAAUACUCGUGAGCUAUAUUGUAAUGUUUGCCUAUAUAUCAGUGACACUGGGAGAUACACCACAUCAUAUAUCUUCUUUCUACCUCUCGACCAAGGUAUUGCUUGGUCUUUCGGGAGUUCUGCUUGUUAUGCUUUCAGUCCUUGGUUCAGUUGGAUUUUUCAGUGCUUUUGGAGUAAAAUCAACACUAAUCAUAAUGGAAGUUAUACCUUUUCUGGUUUUAGCUGUUGGUGUCGAUAACAUGUGUAUAAUCGUAGAUGCUGUGAAACGGCAACCCUUAGAUAUACCAAUAGAAGAACAAAUAAGCAAUGCAAUGGGGGAAGUUGGACCAUCCAUAACACUUGCCAGCUUAUCAGAGGUUCUAGCAUUUGCUGUAGGAUCAUUUGUUUCUAUGCCUGCAUGCCGUGUUUUCUCGAUGAUUGCAGCUUUGGCGGUUCUGCUGGAUUUUCUUCUACAAAUCACUGCUUUUGUUGCUUUGGUUACAUUAGACUUUGAGAGAGCUAAGGAUGACAGGGUUGACUGCUUCCCAUGCAUUAAGUUGAACCGACACUCUAUGGAGCAUACUGAAGGAACUAGGCAGGAAACAGAUGGACUACUGACACGGUAUAUGAAGGAGGUUCACGCACCAUUUCUUGGACUAUGGGUUGUUAAAAUCUUGGUCAUUGCCAUAUUUGGUGCAUUUACCUUAGCAAGCAUUGCAUUAUGCACCAGGAUUGAACCUGGUCUUGAGCAACAGAUUGCUCUUCCGCGGGACUCCUACCUUCAGGGUUAUUUCAGUAACAUUUCUGAGUACCUCAGAGUGGGACCACCAUUGUAUUUUGUUGUGAAAGACUACAAUUACAGUUUGGAAUCGAAACAUACAAACCAGCUAUGCUCCAUUAGCCAAUGUGAUUCAAAUUCUCUUUUAAAUGAGAUAUCUAGAGCAUCAUUGGUACCGAAGUCAAGCUACAUUGCCAAGCCUGCUGCCUCAUGGCUUGAUGAUUUCCUUGUAUGGAUAUCACCUGAAGCUUUUAGUUGCUGUCGGAAAUUCACAAAUGACUCAUAUUGUCCACCUGAUGAUCAGCCACCUUGCUGUUUCCCAGAUGAAGGACCGUGUGAGUUGGGUGGAGUGUGCAAAGACUGUACAACAUGUUUCCGUCACUCGGAUUUGGUAAAUGAUCGUCCAUCUACAGCACAGUUCAAAGAGAAGCUUCCCUGGUUUCUUGAUGCACUGCCAUCAGCUGAUUGUGCAAAGGGUGGCCAUGGAGCAUACACCAACAGUGUAGAUCUCAAUGGUUACAAGGGUGGUGUCAUACAAGCUUCUGAAUUCCGUACUUAUCAUACACCACUUAAUAGACAAGGUGACUAUGUUAAUGCAAUAAGAGCUGCAAGGGAGUUUUGCUCUAGAAUUUCUGCGUCUUUAAAGAUGGAUGUAUUUCCGUACUCGGUAUUUUAUAUCUUCUUUGAACAAUAUUUGGAUGUAUGGAAGAUAGCCCUGAUCAACAUUGCGAUAGCACUGGGUGCUGUUUUUGUUGUUUGUUUGGUCAUCACAUCAAGCGUGUGGAGUUCAACAAUCAUAUUACUUGUUCUUCUCAUGAUAAUUCUGGACCUCUUGGGUGUAAUGGCGAUUCUGGGUAUUCAACUAAAUGCGGUGUCUGUUGUAAACCUGAUUAUGUCAAUAGGGAUUGCUGUGGAAUUUUGUGUGCAUAUAGCCCAUGCAUUCAUGGUAAGUUCAGGGGAUAGGAGCCAACGAGCAAGGACAGCAUUGUGUACCAUGGGGGCUUCUGUAUUCAGUGGAAUCACACUUACAAAAUUAGUUGGAGUUCUGGUCCUUUGCUUCUCAACAUCAGAAAUUUUUGUGGUGUAUUACUUUCAAAUGUAUCUGGCCUUGGUUAUCAUUGGCUUCUUGCAUGGUCUGGUGUUUUUACCAGUGGUAUUAAGCCUGUUUGGUCCUCCAUCAAGAUAUACAGAUAUAAAGGAGUAGCUACAAGACAUGUCUUCCGCUUUCAGCAAAACAACCUCUACAAUCAAAUUGAAUUUUAACAAGUUUGCUUCAGUCCGACAACAUACACGACAACAUAUACAUCGAACAAGAAAAUUUGUUUUGACCAUAGAGGAUUAAUAUUAUCUUUUCUUUUGACUUCUAAAAAGGCUUAUGCUUAUACAUCUCAACAUUGUCGGAAAAACUUCGUACUAAAGUUUACUUAGUUAAGAUGUUAUGGUAGGACUCACUAACAGUUAGUUUAGUUUAGUAUUUAUUUGAUUCAACAUCGUAUGUCGAUAAAUUUACCCAUUUUCAAAAAUUAUUUGUAUUGUAAUUUACUAUUGUUAUAUUUUAUAAACAAUGUUAUGUAAGAA